ACCGCCACCAGCGCUCGAUAAACUCAAAAAGAUAAAACCUCCUGAAAUCAAUCGAUCACCAUCACACACCAGGUUUGUCAAACGCGAGCAUAUUCGAUUAUAAUGGUUCGUCUCAUCACGCACAACCUGCUGGCCUGCCACGUCAAAGGCUGCACGAGCAACAACUUCCCAUUAGCUCUUAAGGACGUCCAAAUCGAGUUGCAGGAGGCAGAGUUUAACCCCGAGUUUGUUACGAGCAUUCUCCCGCGACUGGAAUGGAGUGCCCUUGCGGACGCUGCUAGGCAGGUGGGAGAUACUUCACUGCCGGUUGAACAACCCGAGAUGAUGGACGACGAUCUACUACGAAAUUUGCACCACGUAUUGCUAGAGAUUCACAUAGUCGAGGGUGCGAUGGUAUGUCCGAAUUGCAAGCACGUCUACCCUAUUUCAAAUGGUAUUCCCAACAUGGUGAGUUAAGAUAUCUUCCUAUCGGUCUCUCGAAUGGUGUAUACAUCCGUGAAUUAUUCCUCCGCAUAGUUACUAGCCGAACACGAAAUUGGUUAACGAGACAAUUUUGUUUUUUGUUCUGUCCAAAAAAAUCGGGUUAUUGGUCUGCGCUCCCUUGGGAUAGCGUCUCUUCAUAAUUCCGUUCUUCCCUCGAACUGCACCGUGUUAUCAGUUUUUGGACAGGGGGUAUAUUAUCUCCGUACAAACAUCGUUAGCAUCUUUGCCUUCAAUGUGUAAGAACAACGCUUCACAAGGUAAGUUGCGAACACCGGCCGAAGGAACAGGCAUAAGGAGAACCUCCAUCAAGUACAUGGAUACCCGACUCCAACUCCUCAGACGACAAGCACUUGUCAUCCAGUACA